UUUGAACAGUCCUCUCUUCCAGUCCCGAGCUCGGGUCUGUAACCGACCGCGGGGUCUCCCGGCCUAACCGCAGGGUGUCCCGGCCCCGAUCCCCGUCCGCCCCUGACCAGUCGGGGGCGGGGAGAGAGAGAGAGUGCUAGUCGAGUCUGUGGCUGCCUGGGAUGAAGGCUUUGUUGGUUGGGCCAAUACUUAUUGCCAUCCCUUAAGAAAUUUGUGAUGAACUGUCUUCUUGAACCAUUGCAGCCCAUUUGUCAAAUCUAUUGUUUAACAUAGAGCACUGAAGAUAAAUGAAAUGGAAUUCAAUGAAACACCACCUUGACUUUCCUGUGUGCGGUGCAAUCCUACUAACUAGACAUUGCUAACAAAUUGUUAUCAGAAGGUGAACGUCAGAUGAAAGGGCUUUAAAGUGAUGAACUGAUGAAUACACUCACAUAAAGGAUUCUAAACAUUAAGAUGCUCAUGAUGUGACUAGUUUAUUUGCAAAAAGAGGCUGUAGUUGGACAAUCAUGUUUGGAAGUCUGUUCAGAAGAAAUCCAUCUCAGAAGCUAAGUGUUUUGCUGCUGAUAUUUGGAUUUAUUUGGGGCUUGGUGCUACUCCGAUAUACAUUCCAGCAUCCAAAGCACCAAAGCAGCAUAGAACUGCGUGAACAGAUACUGGAACUCAGUAAAAGAUAUGUCCGAGCUCUAGCAGAAGAAAAUCAGAAUGCAAUGGAAGGUCCUCAUGGUGCUUCAAUGGCAGGAUAUGCUGAUCUGAAAAGAACAAUUGCUGUCCUGCUUGAUGACAUUUUACAACGCUUGGGAAAGUUGGAAAACAGGGUGGACGACAUGCUUAUAAGCAGUUUGACAAAUAGUACCAACAAUACCAACACCAAUCCUGUGUCAGCAGCUUCCAAUAAACAAAUUAAUGUUCAAGAACUUUCAGCUUUGUGUGGUUUAACGUCAGUAGAUGGUUUUCCACAUUGUGAAGAGAAACUUAAGUGGAUGCAAGAGAUGUGGAAAUCUGAACCUUGCUAUGCAAACUAUGGUGUCAAUGGAACUGUAUGUUCAUUUAUUGUGUAUCUCAGUGAGAUUGAGAAUUUCUGCCCUAUGCUUCCCGUAAGAAUAAAUGAGGUUGCUAAUAAUGAUGCCUUAAAACCCAAGGCCGAGGUUGCAACCAGUCUCGAUGGUUUGCUGGAAAUGCUGGCUGAACGUAAAGAGCUCACGUGGAUAAAACUAAGAAUAGAAAGGAUGAAAGAGAACUGGAUCAUGGAUAUGAAAGCAUUGGCAAAGAAACGGAAGUUAGAAAAUCGACCAAAAAAAAAGAUUUUACUUCAUUUAGGUCUUUUGACAAAGGAGUCAGGAUUUAAAAUAGCCGAAAAUGCCUUUAAAGGAGGCCCACUUGGGGAAUUGGUACAAUGGAGUGAUCUCAUUGCCUCAGUGUAUUUAUUAGGUCACAACCUGAUGCUUUCUACAUCAGUAAAUGAAUUGAAAGGUUACUUGAGCAUUUUGACUGGAAAUAAAGAUGGAUGUCCAAUCAGAGGACCAAAGCUACUGGACCUAAUAUACAUUGAUAUCGUUGGGUUAAAACAACUACAAACUGUACUAGGAGGAUCUUUCACCCACUAUCGAUGCUUGUUGAGGGUUCUUGAUUCUUUUGGAACUGAACCAGAAUUUAACCAUGCUGAGUAUGCCAAGAAAAAGAACCAUGGAUCUCCCUGGGGCAAACUCAAUCUAAUUCCUAAGCAGUUUUACAACAUGUUCCCUCAUACACCUGACAACAGUUUCUUGGGCUUUGUGGUGGAGCAGCAUUUGAAUAGUAGUAAUAUUACUGUCAGUAAAAUACCAAGAACUAAUAAAGCUCUAAUUUAUGGUAAACUGGCGGGCUAUUGGAAGGAUAAAUCAUCUUUCCUGGAUAUUGUCAAAAAUUAUGCUGAGAUCCAUGGUACUUUUCACAAUGAAAAUAAUGUUGUUUUACCUAAUUUUAUAAUUAAUCAUGGGAUCCUCAGUGGGCAUGACCUUCACCUCUUGCUAAGAGGGACUAAGGUUUUUGUAGGGCUAGGGUUUCCCUAUGAAGGCCCAGCACCUCUUGAAGCAAUUGCAAAUGGUUGCAUAUUUCUGAACCCAAAAUUUAACCCUCCAAAGAGCAGGAAGAACACUAAUUUCUUUCAAGGGAAACCAACAUUCAGAGAGCUCUCAUCUCAGCAUCCAUAUGCCGAGGUUUAUAUUGGGAAGCCCCAUGUUUGGACAGUUAACAUUGACAAUCCCAAUGAACUAAAAGAAGCAAUGCGUCAAAUAAUGGAACAGAAGGUUGACCCAUAUUUGCCAUAUGAAUUCACAAGUGAAGGAAUGUUGGAAAGAUUAAAUGUUUUUAUUGAAAAACAAGAUUUCUGCCGUCAGAGAGAAAAAUGGCCACCUCUGACUGCCCUUAGAGUUAAAGUGGCCCAACCUUCCGAAUCAUGUGUUGAAGCCUGCCAAAGAGAGCAAUUAAUGUGUGAACCUGCUUUCUACUAUCAACUCAACAAAGAAGUAGAGCUUAAGAGGUAUGGAAUACACUGCGACUCUUCAAAAACAGAAAGUGAUUUGUAUCUGCCAGCAUUUAACCCUGAAAACCAAAUGUGCCUGUUUCAGUCAGAUUACUUGCUCUUCAGCUGUGCAGGAUCGCAUGAACAUUACAAUCGAAUCUGUCCAUGUCGAGAUUAUGUCAAAGGACAGGUUGCUUUCUGCCACGAUUGCUUGAAAAGUGAAACACCUAACUAAUUUGCAUUGUUUACUGAAAUGAAAGAACCUACUGCCUAUAAACCAGACAUCAAGGAUACAUCUGUUAGUGUUGCUGCAAGAAUCGUGUGAUGAUACCAAUAGUGACAACAGGUGGACCAGAAACCAUUUUCCUCAAGUCCUUAUAUCAAUCAUAUGUUAUUGUAGAUAACUUAGAAACUACCAAAAUGUCGUCAGUCUUCCAUUUCCGUUCAGCAUCUUAAAAAUAUUAUCUGUUCUUCACAGAGUCAGAGAUUUACAGCAUGGAAACAGACCCUUCAGUUCAACUUGUCCAUGCCAACCCGUUUUCCUAAAUUAAACCUGUUCCAUUUGGUGGCAUAGUGGUUAGCACUGCUGCCUCUCAGUGCCAGAGACCUAGGUUCAAUUCCCGACUCAGGCGACUGACUGUGUGGAGUUCGUACAUUCUCCCCGUGUUUGUGUGGGCUUCCUCUGGGUGCUCCGGUUUCCUCCCACGGUCACAAAGAUGUGCAGGUCAGGUGAAUUUGCGAUGCUAAAGUUGCCUGCAGUGUUAGGUUAAGAGGUAAAUUUAGGGGUAUGGGUGGGUUGCACUUCGGCGGUUCAGUGUGGACUUGUUGGGCCGAAGGGCCUGUUUCCACACUGUAAGUAAUCUAAUCUAAUCCCUGUAAAUCCUAUCCAUAUACCCAUCCAGAUGCUUUUUAAAUGUUGUCACUGUACCAGCCUCCACCACUUCAUCUGGCAGCACAUUCCUUACACGCGCUACCCUCUGCAUGAAAAAGUUGUCCCUUAGGUUCUUUUUAAAUCUUUCCCCUCUCACCGUAAACUUAUGUCCUGUAGGUUUGGACUCCCCUACCCUGGGAAAAAUACCUUGUCUAUUUACUCUAUUCAUGCCCUUCUUGAUUUUAUAAACUUCUAUAAGGUCUCCUCUCAGCCUCUGACGCUCCAGGGAAGACAGCUUCAGCUAUUCAACCUCUCCCUCCAACCUCUUGCUCAAACCCUUCAACUCUGGUAACAUCCUUGUAAGUCUUUUCUGAAUUCAAGUUUCACAACAUCCUUCCUGUAGCCAUGCAGUUUUCUGAUGUUGGCCUAACCUCUGAUGUCUUGUACAGAUGCAACAGGACCUCCCAACUCCUAUACCCAACUUCACUAUCCUAUCAACUCUACUUUCAAGGAACUAUGAACUUGCACUCCAAGGUCUCUUUGUUCAGCAACCGUCCCCAGGAUCUUACCAUUAAGUAUAUAAAUCCUGUUCUGAUUUGCCUUUCCAAAAUGCAGCACUUCACGUUUUUCCAAAUCAAAUUCCAUCUGCCACUCCUUUGUCCAUUUGAUCAAGAUCCUGUUGUACUUUGAGGUAAUCUUUGCUGUCUACUACAUCUCCAAUUUUGGUGUCAUCUGCAAACUUACUAAUCAUACCUCAUGUUCAUCUUCAAAUCAUUUAUAUAAAUGGUGAAAAGUAGUGGACCCAGCACCACUCUUCAUGGCACACCCUAGCCACAGGCCUCCAGUCUGAAAAGCAACCCACCAGCACUACCCUCUGGCUUCUACCUUCAAGCUAAUUCUGUAUCCAAAAGGCCAGUUCUCCCUGUAUUCCAUGUGAUCUAACCUUGAUAACCAAACUACCAUGCGGAACCAUAUCAAUGCCUUACUGCAAUCCAUGUAGAUCACAUCCAUCACUCUGCCCUCAUCAAUCAUCUUUGUUACUUCUUCAAAAAACUCAAUCAAGUUAGUGAGAUAUGAUUUCCCAUGCACAAAGCCAAAUUAACUAUCCCCAUUCAGUCCUUGCCUUUGCAAAUACAUGUAGAUCUUCUCCCUUAGGAUUCCCUCCAACAACUUGCCCACCACUGAUGUCAGAUUUUGCAUCUUCUCUCGUGGGUUCAUCCACAUACUAAAUCAGAAAAUGUUCUUCUAUGCACUUAAAUUCCUCUCCAUCCAAGCCCUUAACACUAUGGCAGUCCCCAUUUCUGUUUGGAAAGUUAAAAGUCAGAGGCACAGACAGACAUUUCUGCAGCCAAAUAUAAUCGACCAUCACCACCCUAUCAUUCCUACAGAUAACUGAGAUCUCCUUACAAAUUUGUUUCUCAACUUCUCGUUGACUAUUUUAUGGGGGGGUUGGGAGGGAACUAUAGUACCCUGAUACGGUGAUUGUCCCCUUCUUAUAUCCCAAUUUUAACCAAAUAACCUCCCUAGAUGUAUUCCUGGGCAUAUCCUCCCUAAAUACUGCCGUAAUGUUAUCCCUAAUCAGAAUGCCACUCUCCCUCCUCUCUUGCCCACUCCCCGCCCACCCCCCACCCCCCCCCCCCCCCCCAUCCUUACAUAUAUCAUCUACACCUUGGAACAUUAAGCUGCCAGUCCGGUCCAUCCCUAAGCCAUGUCUCUGUAACUGUUACGAUAUCACAGUCCCAUGUUCCCAACCAUGACCUGAGUUCAUCAUCCUUACCUGUUAAGCCUCUUAAAUUAAAAUGUAGUUAUUUUAUCACAUCAGCUCUACCUUGUUCUCUACUUUGUAUCUACCUGCCCUGACUGUUUGCCCCUUUUCUCAACUGUACCGGUUUCACAUUGAAAUCUUUUCUCAUCAAUGAUCCAACAAUGCAAACCCUUCUUCCCUGUGGCAGCUCCUCAGCCAUGCAUUCAUCUGCUCCAUCCUCCUAUCCCUACGCUCAUUAACUCAUGGCACCAAGAAUAAUCCAGAUAUUACUACCCUUGAGGGCCUUUUUUUAAAAAUUCCUGCCUAAAUUCCUAUAUUUUCUCCUCAGAAUCUCAUCCCUUUCUCUUCCUAUGUGGUUAGUUCCAAGUACAAUGACCUCCUGUUGGUCCCUCUCCUUUUUGAGAGUAUUCUGCACCUUCUCUGAGACCUCUUUGAUCCUGGCACCAGGGAGGCAACAUGCCAUUCUGAUGUCUCACUGUUGGCUGCAGAAACAUCUAUCUGUGCCUCUGACUAGAGAGUCCCCUAUCAAUUGCUUGGAAUCUUGCUGCAUUGGAGCUAGUCUCAGUACAAAAAAACCUGGCUGUCAGUGCUACAUGCCCCUGACAGUCCAUUAUUCCCCACGCUUUCCAAAACAGCCUACUUGCUUGAGAUAGGGAUAGCCACAGGAGAAUCCUGCACAACCUGCCUCCCUCUCCUAUCUUGCCUGGAGAUGACCCACCUACCUGAUUGUGUCUUCAAUUUAUCUCCCUUCCUUCAACAGUCAUGCACCAUACCCCCUAAUUCCUGCAAAUGCCCCAUUUGCCUCUAACUGCCCCUGAAUGGAAGUAAAAGUUUGUGGUUUUGAUAAUGGUGGCUAAUCUGCAUUGUCAGCUUCAUGCCUGGUCAAUAUGUUGAAAAUCUUCCCCUACAUUUCUUUCCUGUUUCCUGUGCUGAGUGCUGUCCUUAUUCCAAAUUAUGGAGGUUCUUCAGUGACUAUGAAUUUGCAAGAGUCAACUCAGUCAAAAAAGCUUAGCUUGUAUGCUUGAAGGAGAUUUGAGCGGAUCAAAGCACUUCCAUUGUGUUAAACUGAUAUUUUGCUGUUGACUCCUGCACAUUAUAUAGAGAUCUGAUCAAAAUGCUGAAAUAUAGGGAUCCCUGUUAGUAAUAACCCAGCCAUAAAUAUUUUCUAGUAUCCAAUUUGUCAAAUUAAGUUUUAGCUUCAGGUAUGCAGCAGGCGACAUCAUCAGAGACUGAUGUCAUGGUAUUACCUGUACACGAGAAGAUGUAUACUGGCAAUACCUGUCACAGCUGAGUGAGGUCACAGGGGGAUCUGCUUAUGUGUGCACUCUCAGCAGCCAUCUUUAGCAUUGGAAACACAUACUCUUCACAUAUUAAGGUUAUACUAUGAUAUAUAAAUAUGGCCAAGGAUAUAAUGAUGAAUGCAAUAAUUCUGUUCCCAUGCCGAAUACCACUGGUAUGCUGCACAAACAAAAUGACAUAAUUGGUCUGCAGGCAAAAUUGAAGUGUCAUAGAGGCAAUAGGAAACAAAAGGAAACAAUUUGGCUUUAUUCUAGUUCACUGUAGGGCAGUCCAUUAACUCUGUAAAAUUAGUCCCAUUCUCCUUCUCUAAUCUGUUAAAAUUAUAAAUUUAUUGACAUGCCCAUCCAAAUUCCUUUUGAAGUCACAAAAAGCGAGCAUAUAAGAUUGACAGGUAAGAGAGAAGGAAAAUGGCAUGUUGGCAUUAAUUUCAAAAGGAAUGGUGCAUACAAAUAGUGAGGACUUGCUUAAAAUAAAUAAAGCACAAGUUAGAUCACACCCAGGAAAUUGUAAACAGCUUUUGUCCUUCUCUACAGGAAAACAUAUUGGAUUGAUGGCAGUCCACAGAAGAUUCAUUAGGUUGAGCCUGGGAAGGCAGGGAUUUUUUUUAAAGUGGUAUAGUUUGUUAGGCCUGCGCUUGUUAGAAUUUAGAAGAACAAGAGAUGAAUUUAUUGAAACAAAAGAUUCUGAGAGGGUUUGACAGAGUAGAUAGUUGUGUCACCUUUUCAGAAAGUCUAGGACCAGAGGACAUAAUCUCAGAGGAAGGGGCUGCCCAGAUAGAACAGGGUUGAGGGGGAAUUUGUUAUGAGAGGGUGGUGAAAUUGUGGAAUUCUAUAAUGUAGUAGGUUGUGGAGGUUAGGUCUUUCAGUAUAUUUAAGUUUAAAUAGACUGGUGAUUAGACAGUAAGGAAGUCGAGGGCUAUGGGGGAAAAGGCAGUAAAGGGGAGUUGAGGGUGAUUAAAUCUGCCAUGCGAUCGCAUUGAAUGACAGAGCAGAUUCAGUGGGCCAAAUGGCCUAAUAUUACUCUCAUGUCUUGUCAUCUUAUGGUACCACUAUCUGUCUUAACUUUAAGACAUCAUUCCAGUUCCCACACAGAACAGCAAAGGUUAUGUAUCUAUUUCUUGUGUUGGAACUUCCUUUGAAUCUAUUCAUUUACAUAAAUUCAGUUUCUCUCUUUUUCCUGUCAAAGUACAUUAUCUCAUAUUAGAUUAACUAAAGGGAUAGGGUAGGGAAAUGGGUAUGGGUUGGUUACUCUUCAGGGAGUCAGUGUGGACUUGUUAGGCCAAACAGCCUGUUUCCAUGCUGUAGAGAAAUUAAUCUAAUCUAAUUUGAUUUUUUUACAUUUGUGUUCUUCACAUUUAUAUUAUAUACCAACAUAAUAUUGCCAUUCAUUCUACUUGUAUAAUGACACUGAGGAUUUAAAAUCUGAAUUAUCUAUGUCAUAAUUAUACAUUUUGCUUAUUUUUAAUGACUAAACUCUUAGUGCUGAGGCUUUAAAAUAUUAUCAUUAAUUUUAAUAACUGAAAAUAAUAACUGACAGUUCAAAAUUUAAUUUUAACUGGCUUUCAGACAGUUUUACUUGUGUUUUUCAUGAUUACCUUUAAGGCAUUAUCAACAAGUUUCAGUGGGAAUUUUUAUAGAAUUGUGGAAUCCCCUAAAGUGUGGGAGCAAGCCAUUUGGCCCAUCGAAUCCACAAUGACCCUCUGAAGAGAAUGUCACUGAGACCCAUACCCGUAACCUAUCUCUGCAUUUCUCAUGGCUGUUCCACCUAGCCUGUACAUCCCCGGACUCUAUGGGAAAUUUAGCAUUACCAAAACACCUAACCUGCACAUUUUUGGACUGUGGGAGGAAAUUGGAGCACCCAGACAUGCAGACUGGGAAGACAGUUGCCCAAGGAUAGAAUUGAACCCAGGUUCCUGGAGCUGUGAGGCAGCAGUGCUAACCACUGAAUCACUGUGCCACGAUGGUACUCCCCAUUGAUAUAUUUUAAUACAAAAACAUGUGUCAGUAGGAAAACCAAAGAAAGUUCCAUUAUUGCUCACUGAUACUUUUGCACCACUUACACUCAAGUACAUAUUGAGUUAAUAUUUAAUACAUAAAGUAAAUCCAGACCUUAGUUAAUCCAAUAUCAAUUGCUGUUGGUGUUGUAUUUUGUGAUGUCAAUUGGAAAUGUUGACUAUGUGUUAAAAAUGUUGUAUAUUUGCAUAUUUAAUUAGAUAUUUGGAAUUAUUUUUCACUGUUACUCUGUGCUAUAUCUACUGUGGAUCUGUUUACAAUUUUUAAAAAGUAUUCUUGCACUUGUUCUGCUGUGACUGCUGGGCAGUUAAUUAGAAUAUUAUAUUUUACUCAGGGUAUUCUAAUAGCUUAAUGAGUUUCUCCGGAGAGCAGCUGAGUCUUGUAAGCCAGGAAGGUUGCAAAUUUGAUCCCUUGCUCUAUGUUAGCAGCUAAUUUCAGUAAUAUGAGUUUGACAGUUGGUAUCAAUGUCUCUGGGUUUAGAAAUAGAAACUAUGUCAAAACUUCCAUUUUAAUUUUGCUUUAAUGGUCUUGCUACAUGUAUGCGCACUAGAUGAAUCAGCUGCACUGUCAAUUGUUGUUGAGAAUCUCAUUCAGAAUUUCACUACUUUUAGGGUGGUGAUGCUGUCGGGACAAAUUUUAGACUUGCUUAAUUUGUGAGGUUAUUAGAUAGCAAAUUGUCAGUAUUACCUCUCUGAAUUUGACCAUAACUCAAGACUUAGUGCAAAUGUAGAUUAACUCUGAAAUCCUGGAUAUGUAGACUUGCAACAUAGACUGCACAAUAGAUGCCUUCCCUUCACUUAUAGUUGCACAAAGCUGUCAAUCAGUGAGCUCAGUCUAUAAACCUUUUCUUUUCUCUACAGCUAAUGAAAUACAAUGUCUUCUCUUAUAUUUUCAAGGAAUAAUUGUACUUAUGUGAUAUGCACUUCCUAUUAUAAUUAUACAAUUCUGGUAAAUAGGUGUUUAAUCCAUUUAGCUUUAUUAGUUCUUCUGAACAAUCGGCUAAAUUCACCCAUGAAAAUAAGACAAAUUACUGAAGUGAGUUUCCUUAUAUCAAACAGUAAAUUAUAGUGCAUAUUCUAUUAUUUUUUUAAACAUUUACUGGCUUUAGCACCACACAUUUAUUUGGGAAACUUUUAUUUUCUACUCAAGGGAUACAAGAAUUGUAAUUGAAGACAAAUAUUCAUAUGUAAUUAUUAUUAUACUUGCCUCAAUACUCGAAUGUAAGGAAUAUUGGGUUUUAUAUAGAAAAAGUCUCUGGUUAGUUACUUACACCGAUUACCUGAAAAAGUUGUGCUAUCCAGUUGGCCGUGUUUAAUUAAAUGCUGGCUGACUUCACCAUGGGUAAACUUAACUUUGCACUAAUAACACUUAAAAUAUUAUUUUGUUUUCUGCAUUUAUCACUUGAAUUUAGUUUUCCAUUGACUAUCCAUUCUUUUGUCAAUUCUCCUGAUUCCUGAAGAAAUUGAAUUGUUACUAGGAUACUAUUACAAAGAUGCCAAGCAUAUUGUGUCAGUGAACAAGUUAUUCACAUGAGCCUUUACAGUAAGCAUUGGUAAGCUAUUUGAUGAGAAUGAACACAGCCAAGCCAGCCCAAAGUUCAUUUACACAUAGCCGAAAACCUUCCUAUUCUGUAUGAUUCAGCUGCUCACUAGUCUGUUGAGCUAACUCAUUUCAGGAUGUUUGUAAUUAUUUUAUGCUCUGUAACUAUAAAUCAUUUUAAAAUAACUGAAGAAAAAUGAAUGAAUUGUUUGCUAAGUUUUACAUUUACACUGAUCUGAGGAGGUGCAACCAAACUUUCAAUAAUCCUAGUUACAACAUCUAAUUAAACAGAAAUAAGUAGUUGAGGAAUAUUUGUAAUUUACUUAUUUAUGACACGUUGGCUGGUUUGUCAGGGGUACUGUAACAAUGUAAAUCGAUACAAAAUUGUAUUGUUAUUGUGGGACUACUUGGGAGAAAUGCGCAGAAUAAACUUAGACAUGUUUGAUUAA